GCUCCUCCUCUUCUCCCGGGGACGAUGCUCUGGCUCCUCAGCUGCAGCUCCCGAGCCGUGUCCCAGCGGCUCCGCUCCCCCGGGCUCACCUUCGCCGCCUGGCUCCUGCUGCACCACCUGGGGGCAGCUCCCAUGGCCGGGGCUUCCUCCUUCCCCACAGGUUCUGUUGCAAAAUGUGAAAAUGAAGGAGAAGUACUACAAAUCCCCUUUAUCACAGACAAUCCUUGCAUAACAUGCAUUUGCCUGAACAAGGAAGUGACAUGCAAACGAGAGAAGUGCCCAGUGCUUUCUAAGGAGUGUGCUCUGGUCAUAAAGCAGAGAGGGAUGUGCUGCGAGCGAUGUAAAGGUUGCAGUUUUGAAGGAAAAUCAUAUAACAGCUCACAGUCGUGGCAGGUCUCAGACAAACCAUGUAUCAUGAAUCAGUGUCAGGAAGGAGUGAUAACAGAAUCUGAGAUUCAUUGCAUUGUUCAUUGCAGAAACCCUUCAAAGCAGCCAGGAAUGUGCUGCCCCACAUGUCCAGGUUGUACAUUUGAAGGUAGACAUUACCGUGAAGGUGAGGAAUUUCAGCCUGAAGGGAACAAAUGCGUCACGUGUGCUUGUGUUGGUGGCAGGACACAGUGCGUACAGGAAGUCUGCCCCAUUCUUUCAUGUCCCCAGCAUCUCAGUCAUACUCCAUCCGGACAGUGUUGCCCAAAAUGUUUGGGGCAGAGGAAAGUGUUUGAUCUCCCAUUUGGAAGCUGCCUCUUUCACAGUGAUGUUUAUGACAACGGAGCCUCUUUUGCAUAUGACAAUUGUACUAAGUGUACCUGCAGGGAUUCCACUGUGGUGUGUAAGAAGAAAUGCUCACCUCCUGGAGAUUGCAUUAAAGGCAAAGAGCAGUGCUGCAAGGAGUGUGUCUCGUACAUGUCCCCAGAGAAAACAAAAGUGUGCAAGUUUGGCAACAAGAUCUUCCGGGAUGGAGAGAUGUGGUCCUCCGUUAACUGCACCAUCUGUGCUUGUGUGAAAGGCAAGACUGAGUGUCGCAAGAAACAGUGCAUUCCAGUCAGCAGCUGCCCUCAUGGAAAGAUCCUCAACCGAAAAGGAUGCUGUCCCAUUUGCACUGAAAAGCCCGGAGUUUGCACUGUAUUUGGAGACCCCCACUACAACACUUUUGACGGACGGACAUUUAACUUUCAGGGAACAUGUCAGUACGUUUUGACAAAAGACUGCUCCUCCUCUACCCCGCCCUUCCAGGUGCUGGUGAAGAACGAUGCCCGACGGACUCGCUCUUUCUCCUGGACAAAAUCUGUAGACCUUGUGCUGGGCAGCAGUACCAUCAGCCUCCACCAGCACCUCACAGUGAAGUGGAACGGGACACGGAUAUCCCUACCUUACGAUACGCCACACUUUCACAUCGACUUGGAAGGCUACCUCUUGAAAGUGACAACCAAAGCAGGCCUGGAAAUUUCUUGGGAUGGAGACAGCUUUGUGGAAGUCAUGGCUCCACCACAUCUUAAGGGCAGGCUCUGUGGCCUAUGUGGCAACUACAAUGGACACAAGAGAGAUGACCUGAUCGGAGGCGACGGGAAUUUUAAGUUUGAUGUGGAUGACUUUGCCGAGUCGUGGCGCGUGGAGUCAAAUGAAUUCUGUACUCGCCCUCCAAAGAAACAGUUUCCAGAACUGUGCCAAGGAACAGUGAGAGUAAAACUCCGCGCCCAUCGGGAAUGCCAGAAACUCAAAGCAUGGGAUUUUCAGACGUGCCACUCAACUGUGGACUACACUACAUUUUAUCGGUCCUGUGUGACAGACAUGUGUGAGUGCCCUGUUCAUAAAAACUGCUACUGUGAGUCCUUUCUCGCCUAUGCUAGAGCCUGUCAAAGGGAAGGUCUGAAAGUUCACUGGAAACCUGAGCAGAAUUGUGCUGCCACCCAGUGUAAACAUGGUGCAGUCUAUGAUACCUGCGGUCCUGGAUGCGUGAAAACAUGUGACAACUGGAACGAGAUUGGUCCCUGCAAUAAACCAUGCAUUGCAGGCUGCCACUGCCCUGCAAACUUAGUCCACCACAAAGGAAGAUGCAUCAAACCCAUUCUCUGUCCACAGCGGUGACAUUAGCUUUUAUCCACAAGGACUUUGUAACUGGUGGCUUUUGGUAACCUUUCUAAGCUCACAGCCAAUGAAGGACUGCAGUGCUGGCUGGCAGAUUUUGCAAAGCACUCUCACAAAGAAUGGGGAGAAAUAUGUGUGCCUAUAUAUUUAUAUGUGU